UCCCCCGCGCAAAGGUAACCACCACCACGCGCUGUCCCGCCAUGGCACCGCCGGUCCAAGAACCGCUUGCGUUGCCAUCGCCAUGCCGCUCGCCACCACCACCUCCUCUUCCAUCUCCUCCUACCUGCAUCCUCGCCGCCGCCGCAAUGCCGUCGUGGCGCCGCGGUGCGAGGCGGCGCAGAGGGAGGAGAUCGUCAUCGUGGGCGCCGGCGUGGCGGGGCUGGCCACGGCGGUGUCCCUGCGACGGCUCGGCGUGGGCGCCACCGUGCUGGAGCAGGGCGCCGCGCUGCGCGCCGGCGGAACGUCGCUGACGCUGUUCAAGAACGGGUGGCGCGUGCUCGACGCCAUCGGCGUCGCGGACGAGCUCCGCGCCAAGCACCUGCGCAUCCAAGGGAUGAAGAUGCGGUCGGCGUCGGCGGCGGCGGCGACGGACGUCCUCCGCGAGUUCUCCUUCGAGGAGGAGGCCCCCGGGCAGGAGGUCCGCGCGGUGGAGAGGCGCGCGCUCCUCGAGGCGCUCGCGUCGAGGCUUCCCCCGGGCGCCAUCUCCUUCUCGUCGAAGCUGCGGCGCGUCGCCGGGCAGGGGGGUCCCGACGGCGCCACCGAGCUGGAGCUCGAGGACGGGAGGCGGAUCGUGGCCAGGGUGGUGGUCGGCUGCGACGGCGUGAACUCGCCGAUUGCGCGGUGGAUGGGCUUCUCCGAGCCGAGGUACGUCGGCCACAUGGCGUUCCGGGGGCUCGCGCGCUACGACGGCGACGGCGCCGGCGGCGGGCAGCCGUUCGAGGCGAAGGUGAACUACAUCUACGGCCGCGGCCUCCGCGCCGGCUUCGUCCCCGUCUCCGCCACCCGUGUCUACUGGUUCAUCUGCUUCAAUCGCCCAACUCCAGGACCGAAAAUCACCGACCCGGCGGCGCUGAAGAGGGAGGCGCUGGACCUCGUCCGGGGCUGGCCGGAGGACCUCGUCGCCGUGAUGCGCGACACGCCGGAGGACGCGGUGGUGAGGACGCCGCUCGUCGACCGGUGGCUGUGGCCGGGGCUGGCCCCGGCGGCGUCGAGGGGCGGCGUGGUGCUGGCGGGCGACGCGUGGCACCCCAUGACGCCCAACCUCGGCCAGGGCGCCUGCUGCGCGCUGGAGGACGCCGUCGUCCUGGCGCGCCGCCUCGCCGCCGCCGCGGGGGCCGCCGGCUCAGCGGCGGGGGCGUCGUACGGCGAGGCGAUGCGGGAGUACGAGCGGGAGCGGUGGUGGCGGGUGUUCCCGCUGACGGCGCGGGCGGGGCUCGUCGGCGCGCUGGUGCAGUGGGGGAACCCGGCGGUGUGCGCGGCGCGCGACGGCGUGGUGAUCCCGAGGCUGGUCAGGCUGGGCCCUUUCCUCGAGCACACCAACUUCGACUGCGGCCUGCUCGAGCCACCGGCGACGGCCGCGCCGUUGCCAUGACGACUGACCAGCAAAGCUGUACACAAACUCUCUCUCUCUCUCUUCGGUUCAAGCCAUACAGACACAGACGGUACUGUACUGGGUAGAAAAUUCCACUGCAUUUUUAGAGAGAAUAUUUGCAACAAUGUAACAGAAUAUGAUCGAAGUUCUACUCUACAAUUGAGGUGAAUGAAUGGAAAAUUAAUAUGCAAGCAGAAAAGAGGACUUUUUGCAAUGUAAGUGGACGUGCACCUACAAAUGCUAUUCAAUGGUUUUAUUGAAAUCUGUGUUGUAUCGGCAAACAAAUAUAAUAAUGCUAGUCUGCUAUUUCCUU